AUGCUUACGAACCUCGGCCCGCACUUUGCCUUCUCGAUCUGGGUCGCAGCUCGCUUACUACUCGUUCAUGGUUCGACGAUUGACCACCAAGUCAACCCAGCCAUAUACCCUCUCGUCGAAACGUUGCGAGACAUGGGCCGAUACUGGAACGUCGCAGAAAGAUAUGCUACACUCUUGCAGCGCGUACUUGAUGAGUAUAAUGAAUCCGAACGUGCGCCUACUGGGGCAAACGGCGAGAGAGUCACACCGUCAACUGUAAAGAUCCUGGCGGACAUGCGACGGUGUGCCUACGAUCUAGACUUCUUGAUCUCGCGACAACCACGACAACAAUACAGUGGCGGUAAACCGCAUGCCAUUACUCCCGCACGUACCCCUGCUCCACAAGAGCUGGAGUAUUUGGAUGUCUUCGAUUUUUUCAACAUGCCUCGUCUUCCCGUUUCCAACGACACCUCUCUUGCUGCAGCCGGCAACAGCGGAGACUUCCAGGCUCCUGAUCUGGGUAGCAACAGCGAGUUCAAUAUCACCAAUUUCAUGUACGACCCGACCGUUGAUUUCUUGAAUGUACGCAACCCGGGAACAUGA